AUGUCAAAAACAACAAACGAUCAAUCGUCGUUAGCUGAGCAAGAUGAUGACUCCAAUACAUCAUCUUCGUCUGUUGUUAUCGAUGCAAGUGAUAUAUUGCCAUCAUAUAAUCACGAAAAAAUUGCUAAUUCGGUCGUUGAACAAUUCUUCUAUGAGCUAAAGACUCAUGAUGACGGAACAAAAUCUGCGAAAUGCUUAUUAUGCCAUUCUAUCGUCAAACAGUCGACAACAUCAACUUAUAAUUAUGGACGUCAUGUUUAUCGCAAACAUAUGAAAGAAACGAAUAAAUGGAAGUUAGCACUAGACAGCAAAAAAUCGAAUAAAAGCACGAAGCAAUCAACAGUUCAACAAUCAUUUGGACAGCGAAUCAAUCAGAAAUAUGGCGCUCACAACCCUCGACAAUUAGAACUUCAUAAAAUGAUAGUUCAAGACUUAAUAAUCGAAUUAGGAUUACCACUUUAUAUUGUUGAUCAUCCAGCAUUUUUACGUGCGAUGAACACCAUUGAUCCAAAAUUCACUGUUUUGUCUCGACGUACACUUUGUCGUGAAGCAAUACCAUCUGCUCUUGAACAAGUCAUGAUAAAGGUUAAACAAGCCUGUAGUGACGCAAAAUUCGUCGCACUCACUCUGGAUACGUGGUCUGAUCGUAGAAUGCGAACAUUCAUUGCAAUCACAAUGCACACUAUUGCGAAUAACGAUGACAGCUUCCAGGAUUAUCUUCUUACUUUUCAACCUCUUUCAGGAUCACAUACAGGUGACAAUUUGCGUCGUCAACUCGAAGACGCUAUGGCUAACUUUAAUAUAGAAGACAAGGUGGUUCGAAUAGUCACGGACAACGCCUCCAACAACUUAAAGGCAUUCGAUGAACUUGUAAUACCAGGAUUUGAAGUUUACUUUGAACCUGAAGACGACGAAGACGAACACGAUGAUGAAACCGAAAAUGACGAACGCGAAGAAAAAGACGAACAAAAUAACAUGAAUGAUCAAGAAGAACGUCUUCGUAUACCUUGCUUCUCACACACUCUUCAACUUACAGUUGGUGAUGGCUUGAAAGAGUGUGGUAAUGCAAAACCUGCUCUCGCUAAAGUAGCGACAAUUGCAAAACUAAGCCACAAAUCAACACUGUUUGCCGAGCAUCUACAGCGAGAGAAUAUCAGUAUUCCAUUACCUGUGAAGACACGCUGGAAUUCACAACAUCAUACAAUUUGCAAAGUUCUUGAAAUCUCCCUAACAUUACUCAACGAUCUUCUACGCAAUGUUGGUCGCGCUGAUCUUGUUUUGACUGCUCGUGACAUCAUCAUACUCCAAGAAUUCGCCAGUAUUUUCGCAUUAUUUGCCGAAGCUACGACUCGUACACAAAUUGAAAACUCUGCUUCAAUCUCGUUAGUAGCACCUAGUGUUCUUUCAAUUUACUAUGAUCUUGAACAUGAACAAGCUAACUGCAAGUACCUUGGAUCAUUAUGUCGUACACUUAUUAUUUCUCUACACGAACGUUUCGGUGGACUACUUGAACGGUGCGAGGUUUUCGCUGAUAGUAAUAUGAAGAUUAAGAAACGUUCUACCAGCGAUCUUUACAAAGACGAUAUUUACUUAAUUGCUCCUUUUCUGGAUGGUCGUUUCAAGUUAAAAUGGGUGGUUGCGUCAAAUUUGUCUGAAUCGACGAAGGAAAGAACAACAAAUAUAAUAAAGGCACUUUUGUUCAAAGCGGCGCUGCAGUUACACGGUACAACAAAUAACACUUCGGAUUGUAUCAUCGAAUCGUCUAUUACUGAAUGCUCGACAACUGACGAUGAUGGAAUGAGCAACUUACCAAAUUUCAAGCGCAAGCGACUCUUUUCUGGUUACGAAGGACAAAAAACACCGAUGCAGAAGAAACGCUCAUGUGUCUCUGAAUCAAUUGAAAACGAAAUUUCAAUGUUCGAAAAAGAACUUCUUGAUGAUACUCGUCUAAUAUUUUUGAAGAAAGAUUCUUAUCCAUACUUGCAUCGACUUGCUACAAGAGUACUUUGCGUACCAGCUACAUCCGCUCCAGUCGAGCGGGUGUUUUCAUCCAGUGGCAUACUCAUGCGUCCUCAUCGUAGUCGCCUCUCUAAGAAUAUGCUUUCGAUUUUAACUCUACUCAAAUGUAAUCGAAAAUUAUUGUAA